AUGUUCUCCUCUCCUUUGUUCGCCCUCGCCCUUGCCGCCGUCAGCGCCGCCAACCCCAUCCCCGACCCAGUCCCUGCACCUCUUCCGACGCCCAUACCAGCGCCUGCGCCCGAUCCUGUUUCUUCCGUGGAAUCAGCGUUUUCAAGCGUGACAGGAGUCGUAGCUUCAGCAUUACCCACCAUACUUGGUGACUGGCCCAGUUUGAGCGACAUCGAGAAGAAACUGGGAGUGAAGGAUGGCAACGACCUGCAAGGGGUGAACUCGUCGGCGCUGCUCAUCCCUUCCUAUGCCAACUUCUCUGGAAAUUGGAACGUGCGUUUCUACGGCCUCGCAUACAAGCAGGGCAACGCGUCGAGCCUAGACUCGAUCAUCAGCGGUUUCGAUACCAGCAAUCUCAACUCCACCGAACAAACGCUCCUCCAGAACCGUACCGCCGAACUUGCCGCCAUUCCUAUUCCGAGUGCUAAUCUCACGGCGACGAUUACGGCCAACGGUUCCACCGUCACCAAUGGAUCUGGAAUUCAGCUUGCAACUUCUGACGACUUCGGCGAGAUCGACCAGUUCGUGACCGUCUCCGGCCUGGGGGACAACAGCAGUACUUCUGUCCAGAUCAUCCAGACUGGCAUCGUGAAUGUCACCGGCCCCGGCAACGGCACCGUCAUCCUCGUCCCCUCCACUGGAAUCUCCGUGGUGUCCGACAUCGACGACGUCAUGCGGAUCACGAAGGUUUACGUGCCGAAUGAGGGUCUGAAGAACUCGUUCGUCGAGCCAUACGUCAACGUUCCCGGCAUCCCCGAGCUCUACGCCAAGUGGCUCAAGACACUGCCCUCGGCCGCGUUCCACUACGAUACCACUACGCCCGUGCAACUCACUCGGACCUACGUCGACUACCUCUUCAGCAACUUUCCCCUCGGUUCGCUCGAUAUGCGCCCCAUCAACCUCACCGAUCCGUCACAGGUCCUCGACGCGCGCCAGAACAGCUUGCUGAAGCUCUUCCAGACGUUCCCCAUGCGCAAGUUCGUACUCAUCGGGGACACGUCCUCAUCGACGCUGCUCUCCGCGUACCCACAGAUCGCGCAGCAGUUCCCAAACAACAUCGCGUGCAUCUUCAUCCGGAACACCUCCGCAACGGACUCUGACGAUAAAAUCCCGUUCGAUACUAGUGCGUUCAAGAACUUGCCCAACAACACCUACUUUUUCUACCGCACCGCGGAUGAUCUCGUAAACCUCGACAUCCCCAGUGGGCAGUGCAGGAACGACAGCGUCCCCCAGAACAUCACCUUCGGCGAGCAGGGCGGCGUCAUCGGCAACAAUGGAGCGGUGUCGCUUGGCGCGAGCCAGUACAUCGCCGGAGCUACGAUAGCUGCCGUUGCGACCCUUUUGAGUGCGCUGUGA